AUGCGACUCCUUACGCAUAAUUUUUUAAAAUGCAAUGAGGCUAAGUGUACAGGGGGAUAUCCCUUAAUAAUCAAACUUAACGAAGAUGUUGAAGGAAAUGUAAAUAUAAUAGAACAAGAAAUGAAUCCAGAAUUUAUAAAAAAUGUAUUGAGUAAAGUGGAUUAUGAAGUUUUAUAUAACACAGCUAAACAAUUUGGAGUAAGUUUAUUAUCAAGCUAUAAUAGUAACCAUUUAGAGGAUGAAGGGUUUUUAAACUCAGUUCACCAUGCUCUUUUUAAGAUUCACAUAAUGGAGGGCUCACUUACAUGUCCAAAAUGCAAUAUUUCUUUUCCAAUAAAAGAUGGUAUUCCUAAUAUGCUAGCAGCAAAUGAAGAAUAA